UAGAGGCGGGACAUCUCACUUCGCAGUCGGCGCUUGGCGGGUUCGGGGUUAGUUUUUCGGCGGAGAGAGACAUAGGUUGGGCUUGGAGAGAAGCGGCGUGCCAAAACUUCAGCAAAUCACCUUAAGUCUUCGUCUGUGGAUUUAAUUCCACGGGAAAGCAUCAGAAGAAAAGAAAAUGAGGGAAUUGAAGGCGUUAACAUGGCUGGUGGUAGGAGUGGUGAUGAUGUUUUCCUCUGUUAAAGCAGCAGAUUCAUGUUGCUGUGAGGGCUGUCCCGAUGGUUUCGUGAAGUUGGGAGACUACUGUUACCGCUUCGUAAGCCAGGCCAAGUCUUGGGCUGACGCACGCGCAGACUGCUUCGCUAACGGCGGUGCCGACCUGAUCAGUAUAGAGAGCGCACGAGAACUGGCCCUUGUCACACAGUACUUGGAUCUUAACGGCGGAGGUUUCAGCAAAUUCUGGACGUCAGGGCGCAGAAUGGAAAACGCUGAGGAGAUUUCCAAAUCACUUGAUAAUCCGAUAGAAGUAUCCAGACAAUUUUACUGGGGAACCGGAUUUGACUUCAGUUACUGCCAGUGGUUGCCAGGAGAGCCCAACAACCAUAACAACAACGAGAACUGCGUGGAGCUGAGGUUCUGGAGAGGACGCAUUGCAGGAAUCAACGACGGGGUGUGUUCCACCGCCAACUCCUACAUCUGCGAGAACUUGCACGUGUAGAGUGCGUGUACU